AUGGGGGAGGAGGCCGGCGGCUACGGUUUUGACUUCGGGGGAGGGGGCGGCGGCUAUGGAGGGUACGACGGGAGGGUCACGGAGUGGGAGACGGGCCUGCCGGGGUGCGACGAGCUGACCCCGCUCUCGCAGCCGCUGGUGCCGCCGGGGCUCGCCGCGGCGUUCCGCAUCCCGCCGGAGCCGGGGCGGACUCUUCUCGACGUGCACCGCGCGUCCUCCGCCACCGUGUCCCGCCUCCGCUCCACCUCCUCGUCCCCCUCCUCCGGCAACGGCCACGCCGGCACCCACGCCAACGGCGGCUCCUUCCCCUCCUUCCCCGGCAAGGGGGCGGCGGCGGGGGACGACAGCGGCAACCGGGACAGCAACUCUGCCGAGUCGGCCGGGGAGAAGGCGGCGGCGACGAAGCGGGCGCGGCUGGUGUGGACGCCGCAGCUGCACAAGCGGUUCGUGGAGGUGGUGGCGCACCUGGGGAUCAAGAGCGCGGUGCCCAAGACCAUCAUGCAGCUGAUGAACGUGGAAGGCCUCACCCGCGAGAACGUCGCCAGCCACCUCCAGAAGUACCGCCUCUACGUCAAGCGGAUGCAGGGCCUCUCCAACGAGGGGCCUUCCGCCUCCGACCACAUCUUCGCCUCCACGCCCGUGCCGCCCAGCCUGCGCGAGCCCCAGGUGCCGCACGCCGCCGCCAUGGCCCCCGCCAUGUACCACCACCACCCGGCCCCCAUGGGCGGCGUCGCCGCCGGCCACGGCGGGUACUACCAGCAGCAGCACAGCGGCCACGCCGUCUACAACGGGUACGGCGGCCACGGCCACGGCGGCGGCGUCUCCACCUACCCGCACUACCACCACGGCGACCAGUAA